CACCACUCAUGGCUUUGUGCGUCUGCGGGUUCUCAUGUGCUCAAGAUGGGCUCCGCCCUCCCGAUGGAUGGAUGUAGGCCAGUGUAAUUGGAGAAAUCCCAACGGCCAAGAGAGCAAAGCGAGAAGAAGGCAAAAACAGCGAAGAUCCCCGAUUUGCCCGCACACACACACACAAUUGUGCACACACAUGCCCAGCCACAUCAACAUCGACAGAUGCGACAGCAAACUCCCACACGGCAGAAUCCGACAUAUAUAUGUGUGUGUGUGUGUGUGUGUCUCGGUCAGUGUGGCGUGUUUUCGAUCUCUCGCAGCACCUGUCCUUGAUAAGGUAAAUGCCAUUGGCCUAUUAGGACAGCAGCCCUCCUCGCUGCUCUAGAGACUGACUUACCUCGCGUGCAGUGGGGCGCUUCGCGGGGUCAAACUCAAAGCAACGCUGACGCGCACAACAACACAACACAAUACAACACAAUGGACACACACACGCGUCUCUGUGACUGCAGCGAGGAGAGAACUUGGGUCUCCCGUCACCUUAAUGAUCUGUCGGAUGUUGGGAGGGAGAAAAUGGGGGACCACCGGGGGCUGCACACGUCAACACAACACACGCACAAACCGCACAGAGACACCCAAUUAAUGGCAUGUGGUGUGGAUUGUGAUGACGGACGUACCUCUUUUUUGAGGAGGAGUGAGGUCAUGAUUUGCUGGAUGGAUGUGCAGUGACUGAAGGGGAGGGGCCCCCCGAAGAUCUCAAUGACGAUGCAACCCAAUGCCCAGAUGUCCACCUUCUCAGUUAUACGACUCGCUGAUGGAUGCAGUCAGUCACACCAGGCCACACCAUUCAUCGCCAAAUGCACCCGUGCCUCUCUCUCUCUCUGUCUCUGUGUGUCUCUCUGUGUGUGUCUUUGUGUGUACUGGAUGAGUCGUAGCACUCGGGGGCCUGUUUGUGUCGCAUAGACACACGCACAGGCACACACAGAUGUGCGAUCUCAUGGUGUAUGAGUGUAAGCUGUUUCGUCGUGCUGGCAGACUUGCCAUAUAUCGAGGCGACCCUCCUGCACACAACAGGCCAGGCCAAGACAGGACAUACAGACUCGUGUGUGUAGGUAUCAUAUCGAUGUGCUCCAUCCUUCUAUCCAUCCAUCCAUCCACCAUACAAACAAACAAACAGACAUCUGUGCGGUGCGCACCCAUUCCGUCUUUGAGCGAUAUGUGUGUCCUCUCCAUGCUCGUCGUCAGCCCAAAGUCGCACAGCUUAGCGUUCAAAUCACGGUCAAGCUGACAACACACCGGCCCACCACACACACACACACACACACAGAGAGAGAGAGAGAGACAUGAGAGCCGGUGAAUGCCCUCCACCGCCACCCACCGACGGACCACAAUAUUGAGCGACUUGAGGUCUCGGUGCACGACAGUGGGUGUGCAGGCGUGCAGAAACACCACCCCCUCGCACGUCUGUUUGGCGAUGUUCCACUGUGUCCUGAAGGGCAGCGGCCUCUUCUUCUCGUGCAGCAGGUCGUGCAGGGAACCACCCUCCAUCAGCUCUGGACCGAUCGAUGGAUGGAUGGACCAGAGAGAGACAGAGGGAGACAUGUGUGUGUGUGUGUGUGUAAGUGUACCGGUGACAAUGCAGUAGUUCGGGUGUCGCAGGCAGGCGCCGUAGAAGGCCACCAGCCGCUCGUGGCGAAGGUCGCGAAAGGCCAAUAUCUCGGCCUCCAAAUCACGAAUCUGAUCGACACAGCGAGACAAAUUGGAGUGCGUGGCUCGAUGGAGACACACCACAUCGCAUCACACUGCACUGCACCAAAAAAAGACCAGGUGUGUGAUUCUGUAGUGUAUUCUCGGGCUAGUCUUAUCAUCAGGCGAAAGUCAGACAGCAAAGAAGCUCCUCCCUCCCUUCCGUCCCUCCGUCCCCCUACUCUGCUUUGUUGCCAUGCACGACUCACCCCCCACUCACUGACCCACCUGUUCCUCAGUGACGAUUCCCUUCUCGAGGUGGAGUUUCUUGAUGGCCACCUUGUGCCCCUUGUACAGCCCGCUGUACACGCUCCCGAACCCCCCGCUGCCCAACGACUUGAGGAGCGUCAGCUCCUCGUACCGAAUCCGCUCAGGCUUGGUCAGACCCAGCCGCUGACCCAACACCGUUGUGGCGCUCAUGCGACGGCCUCGCUCGGCUGAUAAUGGAUGGAUUGUUUGAUGGAAUAACGGAGAGGGGGAGAGGGAGAAAGGGUGUUUCUUUAUUGUGUUUCUUUCCUACGUGGCUUUGAUGGGUCCGCGAGGCCUGACACGCUUGAAGGUACCGCCUGACACACACGUACAUGGCAUACAGACAGACAUUGAGACAGACAUGCCUCCGUUCCUUUCUGUCUGACUGUCUGUGCAUUGGUUCACCGAGUACUGCUGCUGCUGCAUGGGCAGCACGGCGGGCGAUGGCGGCGCAUACACGAAAUGGGCAGCAGGCAGAAACGCAGGACCUACACACACAACGGAAUACUCAGCCAUACAUAUCCCUCCACCCUUUGCUCCCUCACGCACCAGCCUGUUGAUGUGGAUGUGGUGGUCUGGGCUGGCCAGCGGAGGGGGCGCGCCAUUCCCUUCGCUGCGGUGCGGGGGCGGGGGAGGGCGACUGGGACCGGGCGUGCUGAUGCGCGGCGGCAGCGGCAGCACCGACUGGAACCGGCACAGCAGCCACAGCAGCAGCAGCAGCGGGUUGUUGCUGCUGCUGAGAUGACGAGGCAUACCUGUACACCCAGCCACCCCACCCACUUUCACACCACUUAUGGAUGGAUGGGCUGACUGCUGACCUGUAGUUGGGUGGGGGCGUGGCGGACCGGUGAUACGCACCCCUUUGCUGCGCUAAUGGUGCUGGCGUAGCUGGGGUGACGGCCUUGGCUGGUGCUGGUGCUGGAGCUGGAGCUGGUGGUUGUGGUGGUUGUGCUGGUUGUGGUGGUCCCGGCGGGGCCACAUAGGGGUGGUGUGGCUGAGGGGGUGCCGAUGCCGCCGCCCCCCACUGCUGGCCCAGCGACCCAGACCCGUAACGAUUGAGUGGCGGACGGCUGGACGGGGGCUGAAUUUAGCGCAUACACAGACAGAUACAUGGAGAGAAAAGGAUCCAUCCAACAUGCACCCAUCUGUUCAUCUGUACCUACCUGUGGCGUCAUGCACCUUCUCAUUUGCCUCUCCACACCAGCAGCGGGACCGGGGGCGAGAUGCUGCUGGGGCUUGCCAGGUGCUGCCUGCAGUGUUGGCUGGGGUGCCGCCUGUGGUGCUGGUGCUGCUGCUGGUGCUGGUGCUGGCUGCUGCUGUGGCUGUGGCUGCUGUGUGGGUGUUGCGGGUGUGGGUGCAGGUGCUGGUGGCUGCUUUGUGUCGUCAAUGUACGUCAGACACAGAUGCGCACAGAGUAGCCUGACAGCACACAUAAAGAGGCGUCUUUGUGCGUUGUGUGUCCCUCUCUCUUACUUGGCAAGCGUCUGGGCAUCUCUUUCUGAGAGGUAAAGGUCAGUGAGCUUCGUGAGCUCGGCUGCCAUGGCGGAGAGCUUGUGUGUUGUCCCGGCUGAGCUGCUUUGGGUGGCUUGCAGUGACGCCACAUGGGCUGCCAGGGGGCCGUGCAGCGCGGUGGCCUGCUGCAUGUGGUGGCUGUAUGCCGCAUACGGCGUCUGGUCCCCCUUCUCAUGAGCUGCCACCAGGGCCAUGUAGAUGUGCGCAAGGCCUGCAACGGAUGCACCCACAUGUCUGUCUGGUCGCUGCAUCCGUGUGUGGUGCAUGAGAAGUGACCUUUGAUGGAGGGUUGGGCGUUGAUGAAGCUGCCGGGCAGCUCUAGUGCGUGAGACAGCGCCUUCUUGGCCCCUUCGGCGUCGCCACGCACACACAUGCAGUACCCCUGAGACAGAACAACACACACAUCCGUCCAUCCAUCCAUCCAUCCACGGAUCCAGCCCUACACAACGGACCAUUUUGGUGUGCGCCUCUGGGUGAGUGGCGUUCAGCUCGACGGCCUUAUUGAAGAAGUUCAAUGCCUCCACUGCACUCGUGUCGACCGAAGGAGAGGAAGAAGAGGGCAGUGCUGCGAGUGCCGCAGACAUCGACAUGGACCCCUGCAGCAGAGGAACCAGGUACGCAUCCACAGCCACUGGGCCCUGCAACACACACACAAACAAACAAAGAGGCUUUUGUGUUGGUCUGUGGGAUGGCAAAGUGGGUGCUCACGAGUUUCUGCGCUUCGUCCAGGUGAGUGGCGAGCUUGGGGGCGUUGUGUGUGCGAUCGGCUAUCUGGGCCAUCAGCAGAUGGAGGUCCGCCUUGAUGGUCCUGACACACAUGAAUAGAGAGAGGGAUGGAUGGAGACACAUGUCACACGUUGAUUGAUUGACUGACAUGGCGUUUGGGUCGUCCUCCUUGACGGCUCUGAGUGCGUGUUGUGCGCUAUUGUAGGCGUCGUGGUGCUUGUGCUGUCUGAACCAGAUCAGCGACUCCAGCCGAUAGAGGGCUGCCUCGGUGGCCUUCAAUGCCAAACCCUACACACACACACAUCACACGUACGUAAGGAUGCACACAUGUGGAAGGAGAGAGAGAGGGAGGGAGGGAGGGAGGGAUAAGUAGUUACUGACCGCUCUGACGUGUGCCAUAGCCUCUUCGUGUUGGUCAUCCAUGGCGUGAUACUUGGCACCUGCACAGCCCACACCAGCCAGGACCUUUCCAUUUUCGCCUUACGCUGUCUCUCCGUCAUGUGAUGUGAUGUGGCUCACCAAGGUAGUGAAGGGCCAGCCUUAGCUCAGGCGACUGGGCCAUAUUCAAUGCCUGCGCACACACACACACAACACACAUACGGGUCGGUCAUGUCUCCCUCCUCUCUCUCUCUCUCUCUCUCUCUCUCUCCCUCUCUCCCUCUCUCACCAAAGCCACAUGUUUCUUGCCCUUCGACAGGUCCCUGCCCCCGUCCAUGUAAUCGCCCCCCGACAGCUCGGCAAUGUGGUAGUGCGCCUCCGCCAUGGCCGGCUUCACAGCCAGCAGGCGCUCAUACGCACGGAUGGCCUCGUCACGGUACGCCACACCACCCCUUGUGUCGCUUGGGGUGCUGGUCUGGGUGGUCACCAGCUUCCUGAGACACCUGGCGUAGCCUUCCAGGUAGUCGGCAUUUUGGGGCUCGUGGGAAAGCAGCCGGUCGUAGUGCCUGGAAGCUCCGGCAAAGUCCCUGCAGAUGAACAAUUUUUGCAAGCGAGAUUGCUUGUGGUGGGAAGAAAAUAUCUGUCUGAUUUGGUUUGCUGACUUCUGGUCGAUGGCGUGCUGUGCGAGUCUUGCGAUGACAUCGGGCAGGUCACAAAGGGGCGGGCUCAGCUGGGAGUAGCGCUCCAUGGCCUUCUGACGGUCCCCACUUCGGUCAUGCAGACGCGCAAGCGACAGCCUGUUGCACAGAAAAGUGUGAUACACGAGGCACAUAAGUCCACACAGGUGUGCUUAUGGGUACGUGUGCUGGUUGGCGUUGUCCUUGUCGAGUGCGAUGAGGCGCGUGAGGCACUUGAUCUGCAGAUCCAGCCCAUCGAGGCGCUUCCCCACCUCAUAUAGCCCGAUCCAUGCGUCGAGACACCCAGCGGCACCACCACUGCUGCCCACAGCGAUGGCCUCCUCGUAGCACGACUGGGCCUCCCCCCACGCACCCAAUUGUAUGUGCAGGCCGCCAAGCUUGACCCACACGGCGGCUCUUCGUGUGCCGUCCAGCUCGCCGACCAAAGUCUGGCGGACGAAAGGAUGUAUAAGGGUGCCGGAUGGUGUGGUUUGAGGUCUGUCUCACUUGGUACGUGGCUAUGGCUUCUUGUGUUCUUCCUUGUGUCGCGUACGAUCGUGCUAUUGUCUCACGAGCGUCGGGUGGAAGCGCACCCACUGCACACACACAGCCAGCCAGCCAUCCAUCUCUCUCUCCCGGUGUCACGUGUCUUCACUCACCCUUGUCGCCCGGCAUUUUCCUCAUUGCGGUGUCGAAGCAGCGCAUGGCGUCUGUGUCUUGCUGGCGACUGCUGAGCCACCGGCCGUACUCGAUUAGCAAUCCCACAUCUGCACCACCACCACCAACCCACAACACAGGCCACCAAUCCAAUCAUGCAAAGCACCUCGUCUCCAGACAGGCAACAGACAAGCCUGCCCACCCACCCAGGAGGUCUCUUGCCAGGCCACGGCGGAGCAACGAGUCAGCGGCAGACAUCCUGACACACAAAUGGAUGGAUGGAUGGAUGGAUGGAGGGGACAUUCCCAAUUCUUCCCACCCCCCACACACCCUUGUGCAUCCACAGUCGCUCUGAUGAGCUUGGCGAGCAAGUCGUCACUCAUGCCCUCCCCCUGGGUGUCUGCGAUCUUCUGCAGAUGGGGGAGUGCGUCUGCGUAUCGGCCCUGCCGCCAGAGAACGUCGGCCAUGUCAGGUGAGAUGUCCAUGUCUGGCGGCAUGAGGUCCGGCAGAAUGGACAGGAACAGCUCCUCCGCCUCCUUGUACCGACCCUGCACCAAUUGAAUGCAAUGAGACGAGACGAGACGAGACGAGAUGACACGAGACGAGAGAAUCAGCUUAAGAUGCCUCUCUGUGCGCCUGUGCCUGCCUGCUUGGAUUUGAAUUGCCCCCAUGAUGUGAGUGCAUGUGGGUCUCCCGGCCUGGCCAUGGUGGCCUUGCCGAGAUAGCGCUCCACAUCGGUCUCUGACCCGUCACGCGCCGCCUGUUGACCCAGGUGCAGAUUGAUGGCAUACCUGCACUCAUGCCACACACACACACAUCGGUGUGGGGGUGAGAGUGGGUGUUGGUGUCUUGUGUUGGGUACCCCACCCAAGGUCGACUGUGUCGGGGAGGAGCUUGACUCGCUGCAUGACGUCCCUCAGCCGACUCUCGUCGCCAACACCGGCAAGCCACCUACCACACGCAUACACAGACAGACAGAGGGAAAUGUAGGUGUCGUGGAUGAGGUUCGGCCUUUUGUAUGUGCUUACAGCUCGAGGGUCCCCCUGGCCAUCAUGACGAGUGCUCUCUCGUCGUCACACACAUACUGCAGCCGCUCGCUCGCCAACACCAACACCUCUUGCCACUUGGCUGUGCCCUGGGGGCCCUUGACGGCCUCCUUGUAGACCUUCUUGAGCUGCUCCUCGUUGUCGCGCAGCCUUUGCUCCCGGAGCUCCUUCUCUUGUUGGAGCCGCUGCUGUUCCAUCUCCCUCUCCAUGUCUAUCUGCUUCUGUCUCUCCAUCUCGCGCUGUCUCUCUCUUUCUCGUUCGCGUUCUCUUUCUUGCUCCUCUUGCUGCUGCUGCUCUGCAAGCCGGCGCUGUCUCUCCAUCUCUAUCUGUUGCUGUCUCUCCAUUUCCAGCUCCCUCUCUCUGUCCAGCAUCAUCGCUUGCUCAUGGUCGAUGGACAGGUAUGGCGGCUGCCCUUGCUGUGUUUCUUCGCCACCAGGCUGCACGCUGAGGGGAAUGGGCGGCAACAGCACGCCUGCCGCCGCUGCGGAUGGCGGUGCCGCUAGUGCUGCUGAUGCAGUCGGUGCACUGAAGGGGUCAGGCCCGCCGUCGAGCGGUGCCGAGAAGGUGGGCGGUGCCCGCUGGUAGGGCGAGAUGGGCGGCAGGGGGGCGGGGAAGGGCAGCAGGGGGGAGGGGGACACAUCAACCUAACCAAGCACAGAAACGCACAGAGAGAGAGAGGGAGACAUACUGAUACGUGUAGCUACAGAUCGCUGCUGGCCUGUCUCACCCCUCACCUCUCUCUCCCUCCACACACUUGCAGGGGUGUCGAUAGCCGCAUGUGGGUGAGACAUGAGAGGGACGGAUGGCUGGGCCGCUGCGGGUGCGGGUGCGGGUGUGGGUGUGCUGAUGGCUUCUGGCAGUAUGUACGUGACAAGACCGGUCAGACAGGGGGGCACAGUCGCAGUGGGGUCCGUUUCCACCGUAUACUGGGCCUCUGGCCAACAGACAGAGACCCACACAGCUGUACGUGUAGACGUGUAGAAGUGUACACUGGUGUCACGCACUAACCAGGGAUGAUUUUCUGCGCAAAGUAGUUGGCCCAUUCGUGGCACUGGCGCAGCGACAUGCUGCUGCUCAGCUGGCUGGUGUGGGGCAGCAGGUCCAGGGAGGGAGGGCACAACGGGCGAGCGCGAUCCAACAAAUGACGGCACAGACCCUGGAUACACGAAACACCUGCUGGCGGUUUUUCUCUUUCUCUUUCUCUCUCUCUCUCACGUGUUGUUGGCUUACGGUGUCUCCCUUGUAUAGGCACAGUGUGGCCGCUUUGAUGAGUGGCUUGUAGGCCACGGGUGAGCGGCGAAGCCCAUCGCACAACCGAUCCAAACAGGCGCGUCGGUGAUCCAUCCUGCAACAAUGCAUUCACUCAGCAAUUCAACAAUAGACAGAUAGGCCACCUGCGCAUCCAUCCCCACCCAGCGACUCACUGCUGCAUUCUGGCGCACAGGUAGACGAGCUCGGUGCCGCCUCCCGCGCCAUCCAGCCAGCCCUCCAUGUCUCCAUCACAGCUCAUCCCAUACACGCAGGCCAACUCGAUGUACCACCCCGCCUUGUCCGCACUCUCUGCCCUCUCCUUGUUGGCCAACACGUGCUGGAACCUGACCAGGGCCUCCCUAUACUGCCUCGUCUGGUAGAGAUAUAUGCCAAUGAGAAAUAUCACAAACAGUGCCGGAGGGUGGUCCUCAAAUGCGGUCUGGAGGAGCGUCUGGGCUUGGCUGAGCAGAUGGGGGGUGGGAGGGGUGGUUGACGGUGAGGGGUACAGGUCAUAGAGAGCAGCGAUCUGCACGACAGACAGACAGGCAGAAAGGGGAGACAUUUAAGUGUGAAGGAUAUGUGCACAUUGGUGUCCCUGCCAACACGCACCCGAAGGUACUGGUCUGCGAUCAUGGUGAUGGUGUGUGUGUCGGGCCGCAGCUGCUGGGCGACGUGCAGGUGCGUGGCGGCAUCCUCCAGCCGACCCGACAAACGCCACAAAUCAGCUGGCCCACAUACAUUCGCAGCCGUUCAGCCCAUCCCGGUUCCGUACACACGUGAAUAUGCGUACCUGCUCUCACGAGCAGUUGCACUUUCUCAGGCGACUCACCGCUGGACACAAACUGACCGUGAGAAGGACAGGGGAAUACAGACAGCCCGCCACGGGCUGUUUUCCAUCGUGCGUACCUGCCGAAUGUCAUGGCCGUCGAAUCCGUAGUCGUGUCUGAGGAUGUACUCGAGCUCCUCUCGUGCCUUGCGAUACCGAUGCAGAUGCAGCAAAUACUUGUCUGAAAAAAUGGAACAAACACACAGGGAAACAAAGGUGCCAGAGAACUUAUCCGUGUGCGCUCACGUCUGAUCCCAAUCGCUUCUCGAUACACGGCUGAUGUAAUGAAUCCAUGCAAAGGAGAGAGAUCACGUUUGGCCACCCAUCGGCGCCACAAGCAGUCGAGUGCCAAACUGCGCGUACCUCUGUCUCUGCCUCUCCAAUCGUGGUCUUUGCGAAUACACUCCACAAUAUGCCGCGUGUGGUGAGCCGCCUCGGGCACGCUGGCCACCAAAUCCUACAACGCACACAACAGAUGACAACAGAAUCGAUGGAACCAUGGCUGCCUUCCCUGCCCCCUCUCUGCUCACUUACGUAUGCGAAAACGAGUGACUUGUGUGCACUGAUCCGGGCGUCGGCUUUGUCUUGCUGGUCGAGGUCACUGCGAGUGUCGCACAGCUCGAGCACCUUGAGUGCCUGUUGAAUGGCCUCCUGGGGCCUCAUCGGCUCCACAUUCAGCAGCAGCUCGGCCAGCAACUUGUACGGCAGCGGCUCCGUCGGGAAAUCCACAGCAGCCUGUUCGCACACCUUGACCGCUCUGCCAUUGGACAGAGAAUACCGACUGAUGUCUCAUUGUGUUCUGUUUUCGUCCUCACUUGUCUGUUUGUUCCGUUCGCCUGAGGCAGUAGACGUACAUCUUGACGGUCUCCAAAUCUGUCCGCCCACACUAACAGAGCGGAAUCACACAGCACGACAGAAUCAUAGCGCACCAUAUUCAGCUUUGAUCAGCUUGUCUUACAUAUUUCCAGGCCUGUUCGAAGCACUGUGUGGCGCUCGGCCACUGCCCCAGCUGGCCGUUGCAGAAACCGCGAUUGUGGAGGGCACUGAUGUAGUCGUCGCCCGAGAGUGCCGUCUGGUGACGAAGCACUUCUGUGUACAGUCGGACGGCCUCAGCGAAGUGCCCUUUGUUCAUGGCCGUCAUGGCUUGGUGGAGAAGGGAUGCCAGGGGAGAAGCAGGGCCCGGGGAGGACCGCCACUGGCUGCCUGCACGGUAGACACGCGAGAGACCGGGACAUACAUGCACAGACAAAGAUAUGCACACUAACUCUCAUAUGCAUACGCAUGUACCUCUCUGGGUGAUCUGCAUCGCCGGCUGAUGCACAUGUUGCAUGUACACCGCCGCACUCUGGGGAAAUGCCGAAACGGGCACAACCGAAUGGCCGGAUGCACUCACCCGCUGGCCUGUUGGGAGAGGGCCGUUUUGGUUGACGUAGCUGGUUCUGGACACGUCAGCAGAAUGACGUGAGGGGAUCCUGCCUGCGUCUGGGGGAGGGGUGGGGUGCAUGACUAGUCGGGGCGUCCAUUCUUCCUCGCGUUGCCGAGGGGCAUAUGCGGCCACGGGAGAGGACUGCUCAUUCCCCAUGAGGGCCCGUGCAGUGACG